UGGAUGUUGUUUUGACCUUUCAAAGACGGCGUUGAAGACGGGCGAGAAAGUGUUAGUCCGCAGAUUCUCCGAGGAAGGCACGCCAGGAGUCACCUUCCACAACAUUGCCAGAUGCGGUUAUGACGUCGCGGUUCAAUCCAUCUUCUACGAUCAUCGACCGUCCGAGUCGCACCGCUUUCCUCGGGCCGUUGACUGCGGCUUUGCGCCCUCCAAUGUCACGAUCCGUUCGUCUCAGGAAACUAUUCGGCCAUAACAGCGUGAAAUCAAGCAAACCACAGCACGCCUCACCCGACGUACGUCGACCAUUAUCGGAUAUGUUUGUGUCCGGAAAAGAGAUGGAAACAGUCAUCAGCAGCCAGGUAUGGCCGCCCUCAUGCACUUUGCGCCCAUUGCCCAUCAGGUCACCUCGCCAUUGGAAACAAACUGACCGCAAUCAUGACAUACCACGCUGCCCGGCGAUAUGCUUGGGCAGUGACGGCAUCCCUCACGAUUGCGUGCUAAAGGGCGAGGAGCACCAUGAGUUGCAAGAAGCCUGUUUGCCAAUGGAACAUCCGGGUCUACCCGUGAGAUGAGCACCUGGGCACUGAGCGGUUCCCUAUCCAUGCCGCACGGUGAAUGCAUCUAAGGACGUCGCCACUCUCGG